UUCGUCGGCGGUGAGCAUAUAUAAAAAGAAGAACGCCAUCCAGUUUGCACAGCGGUCAUUGUUACAAACGAUUUUACUUACACCACGAAUAUCGUUUGUGGUUGCUCCGGCUGCGGUGUUGUUUGAAGUGUAUUGGAGUUCGACUUAAUAAAAACAUUACAGUAAAUAUUGAUACCAAAAUGACGCUGAGCGAUUUUACCAAGUCUUCACUUGAAAUUGCCGUUACCGACGAGAAAGUCACCCGAAAUACGAUUAUCCGGGCUGCGUUAACCAAGAAAUGGAUGCAAUUCUCAGAUGAUGCAUUCUUUAUUCUCGAUCUUAACAGAAUCAUUGACAUUGUUAGGAGGUGGCAACGCAAUCUACCCCGCGUCGGUCUCCACUACGCCGUCAAAUGUGACUCGAGCCCGCUAAUUCUCCGUGCCCUGGCCGCACUGGGCUGUGGUUUCGACGUCGCCACCCGCUCCGAAAUCGACCGGACCCUAAUUCACGUGGUCAACCCGGGCCGUCUCGUCUACUCUAACACCUGCAAAUCCGUCUCCAAUAUACUUCAUGCCGCCCAGCACAACGUCCGCCUCACCGUCUUCGACAGCGCCGACGAACUCCUCAAACUCAAAACCUACCACCCCACCGCCCAGCUGAUGGUGCGUCUGCGCUACAACAACCCGCACGUUGACGCUAAAGGUCAAAUGCACGGCCGUUUUGGCGUGUACGAAGCCACCGCCAAAUCUCUCAUCCAGAAAGCGUGGGACCUAGGUCUCAACGUGGUAGGCGUGGCCUUCCACGUCGGAGUCGGAGUCAACGGCGAAGCCACCGCCCACAUCGGGGCCAUCGAAAAGGCCAAGGAACUCUUUGAAUUUGCACAAAACAACGUUCGACCGUUCUCCAUCCUAGACAUUGGCGGAGGAUUCCGCGGCGACUGGAGUAACGCACGAUUGACCUUUGAAGAAUUCUGUCAUGACCUGGGCAGUGCCUUAGACACCCACUUUCCCCCGGCGUCGGGCGUGCGCCUGAUCGCCGAACCCGGCCAGCUGAUUAUGACCACGGCGCAGUCGCUGUUUCUGCCGGUGAUCGGAGUGAAAACAGUGAAAGAGGAACAGCGCCAACCGGGUUAUGUGCUGGCUGAUGGUGUCUACGGUGCAUGCCGACCCAUUGAUAUCUUCAAACCCAAACUGAAGAUGCGCGUGCAUCCCUUAGACGAACCGUCGUUCGACGUAACUGAGCAGCCCUGUCAGCCGUCGACUUUAUAUGGACCGACAUGCAGUCCGGAAGAUAUCAUAGCCCAGGAUCUCGCCCUGCCAACACUGAGCACCGGAACGUGGUUGGAAAUUCAGAAUAUGGGCAGCUACGCCAAAGAAUUGUCAUCAAAUUUCAAUGGUGUUCCCACAGCUAGUACCGUUGUCUGUAUAUCUGAAGACGACCUACAUCUCCUGAAGUAGUCCGAAGUUGCGUGAAAUCGUCCGUACGUUCUUGCUUUUAUGUAGUUCUUGUGCAAACCAAACUUAAUUAUUGAUAUUGUACAUAAGUUGUUAGUACAAUAUCUGCUCAAUAAAGUCGGGCAAUCAUUC